AUGUCGGCACCUGUAUUACCGAUACUCGGCUAUAGGGAUAUACGAGGUUUGGGUCAACCCAUACGCUACUUAUUGACGUACGCGGGCGUCGAGUUCGUCGAUCGCCGUUACGGGUCGACUGAGGACUGGCUGUUGGAUAAGCACGCGCUCGGACUCCAGUUCCCGAACCUUCCCUACUAUAUAGACUCCGAUAAAAAGCUGACACAAAGUACGGCAAUAAUGAGAUAUUUAGGCAGAAAGUACGGACUCUAUGCGGUUGAUGGCGAUGAACCGGCUCACCGGCGACAAGAUAUGGCUGAACAGCAUAUUUAUGAUAUGAAAUCCCAUUUUCAUUAUGAGAUACUUAUGCGCGAAGACUGGGAGCGCCGAAGGGAUGCCUACUGCACAGGUAUACUCGACAAUCAGCUCAACCUAUUGGCGGAGUUUUUAGGGGACAACGAGUGGCUGAUUGGCGAUCAGUUGUCUUACAUAGACUUCACGGCCUAUGAAGUGUUGGAUUGGUUUCGAGUGUUUGCGCCAAUUAGUGUCGAUAAGCACCCGAUUAUUGGACGUUAUUUAUGUCGGUUUGAAAAUCUGGGGCCAAUCGCCGCGUACCGAAAAUCGUCGAAAUAUAAGUCGUGGCCAAUGACUGGACCCCGGGCUAAGUGGGGCUCAAAAUAA